ACGUCAUCUUCAGCGCAGACAGCUGAUGCGCCGACUCCUCUGCUCCUUCCUUCCGUCUCCUGGAUCUCUCUCUCUCUCAACAGUACAUGUCGACGCACACAGAUAGCUCCAUCUUAUUUUAAUAUCUUCUUGUAAAGACACACUUGACAGUGAUGUUGCUGCACAGUGACAGGUUACCGCUGCUGUGGCUCUACGCGCAGGCUGCGCUCGCCGUGGCGUGGUGUUUCGUCGACUUGGAAACGGGGCCUGGCGCAGGUGUACAGGCACAGGCGAACGGAGAUCGCUUCAAAAUCGAGGGCAGGGCAAUUGUCCCCGGCGUCAAACCACAGGACUGGGUUUCCAUGGCCAGAGUCACGGUGGAGGGCGAAGAAUAUGUCGGGUUCUUAAGAACCGAUGGAAGUUUUGCUGUGAACGAUGUUCCUUCGGGGUCUUACGUCGUGGAAAUCAUAUCCCCAGGUUAUAGAUUUGAACCAGUGCGUGUUGAUAUCACAUCCAAGGGCAAAAUGAGGGCGCGCCUUGUUAACUACAUCAAGACAUCAGAGGUAAUCCGGCAGCAAUAUCCUCUUCAAAUCAAGGCCAGCGGCCCUCAAAGCUAUUUCAUGAAGAGGGAGACCUGGGGCUGGACAGACUUCCUCAUGAACCCAAUGGUUAUGAUGAUGGUUCUGCCUCUGCUGAUCAUUGUUCUGCUGCCCAAAGUGGUCAACACCAACGACCCAGAGAUGAGGAAGGAAAUGGAGCAGUCCAUGAACAUGCUGAACCCCAACCCCGAGCUUCCAGACGUCUCCGAGCUCAUGACCAAGCUCUUCUCCGGUGGAUCCAAGAGCUCCAGCAAAGCGAGCAGCAGCAGCAGCAGCAGCACCAGCAUCAAAGGCACCAGGCUGGCUGCUAAGAGGAGGUAGUACCACACUGUACUGUACUCACCGUCUACGCCAUGGAAGCAAGAUUUUUAAGUCUUUUUUUUUUUUCUUUUUCUCCUUAUUGUACAGUUUUCCUUGUUAAUAGAUGUUUUGAGCGCAUCUUGAGUUCUAUUACUCUACUGAAAACUGAGCUAAAAUAAGAUUUUUUUUUUCCCAUACUGCACUGAAAUCUCUCUUAACUCUGCAGAAAGUUGAAAUUCUUCAUUUGCUCUGUACAUUGUAGCUGUGAGAGCAGUGGCUCUACUGCUCUUCGAAAUGCUUUUCAUUCUUUUUCUGUGCUAAUAACCCUUCUGUGUUAACUCUUCCACUGCUGCUAAUUCCCCCCGACCUGAGAGACAACUUAUACAUAACUUAGAGACUUUUGUUUUUGUUUCAGUGAUAUGACUGUGAAUGAUGGAUUUGAAUUUUAAGACAAAUAUAAAUUCUUAUUUAAGAACGCCUAGAUAAUAAAACAUCAACGGUAAUAUAACAAGUUUUGUUUUUAUUUCACAUUUUCUGUAUUUGGUUGAACGUGAGCAAACGGCCUCUCUUCUGUUUUUAUGACUCAUUGCCAGAAUAUACAGAGUGUACAUACGUACUGUGUGACGAAGGAGUUAAAUUAAAAUGAUAUAUAUAAUAUAAUGCAGGCAGGUCAGAGUGAAAAGAGCUGUGUGGUUGCUUUUAAGAUCUUGGGAGUGUAACUGGCUUUACUUUGAAUAAAGCAGAUGGUUAAGACCUUAUUAACAUCACAAAUAAAUGUGUCAGUGAUAUUUAUAAGUAUCCAUUUUGGAAAUAAUGAUUUUAGCAUCAUGACUCAUCAUGGUGUGUUUGUUACAGUGUUGCAUUUAUGCAUCAGGACUGUUGAUGUUGACCUGACUGACUAAGGAAUAAGAUCGAUUAAUUGUCAUUUAAGUCAUUUUAAUGUUUUUUCCCCCUGCCGUCCUGCACAGUGAGAUCUGUUCCCUGUGAGGAAAAGUCACGCUGUCUCAAUGUCAUCAAUGGUUUGAAGAAUUUAUUAUUAAAAAUCGGAUCAGAUUCAA